AUGCGUCGCCAGCAACAGCAGCAGCAAACGUUCAAUGUACAACUGUUUUCCUCAGUGUCCAACUCUAGCGAAUCGAGCAGGUACGAAGUGCUAAGGAUGUGCUCCCUAGGUGGCAGCAGCGGCGGUGGCGCCGAUGGCGAUAGAGGCAGUGGUGGUGGUGGCGGUGGCGGAGCUGGAAGCAGCAACAGUAGCGGCAAGAAACGGCUCACCACCCUGAACGGCAUCCCGACGAGUGUGGAUGAUAAAGCGAGUGACUUCCUGUGCCCGAUCUGCUUCGACAUCAUCAACGAGGCGUACAUUACGCGCUGCGGGCACACGUUCUGCCACCAGUGCAUUGCCCGCUCGGUCGAAGUCGCGAAAAAGUGCCCCAAGUGCAACUCGCCGCUUGCGUCACAGGAGCAGAUUCUGCCCAACUUUCUGCUGAACGAUCUCAUCUCCAAGCACCGGCUGAAGACGGGCAUCGGAGGGCCGGCCGGUGCGGGGGGCGGGGGCGGUCUGCAGUGGCCCAAGUCCCAGUCCGGGAACGCUUGCUCACCGAAGGGGGCGGCGCACCCGGGCACCACGGGCGCAGACGGUGAAGGCGAUACUUUGAAGCACUUUCUGGCGACGGAGUCGAAAAAGCUGUCGCUGUCGGACGUGAACGUGAUGCUGGAGAUACUGACGCAGCGCAAGACGCUGCUGGAGGCGGAAUCGUGUGCCGCCCAGAACCGGCUGCUGCACGAGUUCCUGAAGCACUUGCUGAAGCAGAAAGAGCAGCAGCAGCUGCAGAUCGGGAACGAGAUCGCCCUCAUCCGCAGCGAUCUGCUCGAGGUGGAGAAGGUGCUGAAGGACGUGCAGAGCAGCUGCCCGUCGGUGGCCGAGGUCGAGCGGAGCGUGCAGGACGAAAAGGACGAGAACGUGGUCGCGAUCAAACGCCAAAUCAUACAGAUCAUCGAUACGAUCGACCACAUUUUCGUGCCCUCGACCCAAUCGCCCAUGGACGAUGGCUCCUCACUGACGGGCGAAUCGUACGAAGGGUUCAACUUGCACGCGCACCCGGCCCGGCCCGGUCAGCACGGUUCCGGCUCGGUGGCGGGCUCGCUGUCGUCCACCUCCACAUCGUUUCUGGCCCGCAAGCAGCGGAUGUAUCAGCACUUUGACGACUUUGUCCAGUGCUACUUUGCGGCACGCAGCGAGGAGCUGUUCUUUGGCAAGGAUCGUUCGUUCAGCUCGGACUCGCUCGGACUCGUUGCCGAUCGCACGCUGUCCAGUGGUGCACCGAGUGUCGACACGGGGCUUGCCCCUACGAUCGGUACGACCCCGAGCGCCGGUGGCGGCUCGAACCUGUCCCAGUCGCAGUCAACGAACGAUAUGACCCGCUCGAGUGGUGUUGGCGGGCGCUCGUCGUCGCUCGAUACGUUCCGCGAGAAUCUAAUCAAAUUCUCCAAGUACAGUGCGCUACGGCCGCUGGCAACGCUCAACUACUCUAGCGACUCGAACUACGCGUCGACGAUCGUGUCCAGCAUCGAGUUCGACAAAGACAGCGAGUACUUUGCGAUCGCGGGCGUCACGAAGCGGAUCAAGAUCUUCGACUACUACACCGCCAUCCGGGAUGCGGCGGUCGACAUCAACUAUCCGAUCAACGAGAUGACCUGCAACAGCAAGAUCUCGUGCGUGAUCUGGAACACCUACUUCAAGCAGGUACUCGCCUCGAGCGACUACGAGGGCAUCGUCACGAUCUGGGACGUGCUGACGCGGACGCGCACGAAAACGUUCGAAGAGCACGACAAGCGGUGCUGGUGCGUCGACUUCAACGAAGUGGACACACGCCUCCUGGCGUCCGGGUCGGAUGAUGCGCGCGUGAAGCUGUGGUCACUGAACGUCGAUCACUCGGUCGCCACGAUCGAGGCCCGCGCCAACGUGUGCUGCGUCAAGUUUAACCCGAAAAGCUCCUGCCACCUGGCGUUCGGGACGGCCGAUCACUGCGUCAACUACUACGAUCUGCGCAACCUGAAGCAACCGCUGUGCCUGUUCAAGGGCCACCGGAAGGCGGUGUCGUACGUGAAGUUUCUCAACACGGACGAAAUCGUGUCGGCCAGCACGGAUGGCCAGCUGAAGCUGUGGAACAUCAACUCACCGCCGUUCUGUCUGCGCUCCUUUACCGGGCACAUUAACGAGAAGAACUUUGCCGGGCUCGCCACCAACAGCGACUACCUGGCGUGCGGCAGCGAGGACAACUCGCUCUGCGUCUACUACAAAGGCCUGUCGAAGCAGCUGUUUAAUCUGAAGUUCUCGAGCACCAGCGGUGGUGGUGGUGCUGGCGGCGCCGGAAGCGGUAGCAGCAUGCGCAGUGGUGGCGCCCUGGCGUCGUCGGACGUGGAGCGCGGCAGCACCGAUGGGAACGAGUUUGUGUCGGCAGUUUGCUGGCGAAAGCAGAGCAACAUCAUCAUUGCGGGCAACAGCGAGGGCAUCAUCAAGAUACUGGAAAUAGUGUAGAACCGUCCCGGGGUACGAUCGAUGCCUCCACGAGGUGCUGUAGAAAGGAACGGUUAAGUGCUGCUCUACAUUGUUAGAUGCCGUUUUUUACAAGUAGUUUAAAAGAGCGAUCGAACGUAGCGUGAAGAUGACGACCCCCUUUUUGUAUAUAUAUAUAGAACUGUUAAAGCCUGUUUGUUUUUAAUGUUGCCAAAGCUCCGCACAAUAGCAACAGCAGCAGCAGCAGCAGCACUUUCGAUGGCCUCGACCGAUGCUGAUGGGAGCCGUUUUUGUGCUUGAAUCGGAAACAUGAAAGCGAACAAACCAUAAGACUUAUACCGUGCCCGAAAGCGGUACGACACACGGGCAGAGCGUUCGCCAGAGAAGUCAAUUAGCAGCAGUGAACUCUGUAUAAGCGCGCGUACCAGUUGAGACACGUCCCCUUCGGUAUCCAUCCGCUCAUGCAACGAAACGG